UGAAAAUUGAAAGUCGAAUUUAGUCGUAUUUUAUUCCACUCAAUUUAUCUUUGUACAUAUAAAGGUUGAAGUUUCACAAGAUUCUUUUAAAAACCCUAGAUAUCUUAUAAGCAUCAAAUUUCACGACCAACUUACAAAAACGUAUUUCCUAUUAAAUAUAACCAUUUUUAUUCGAAUUGAUUCACACAGCUACUUUCGUAAUAUCAAAUAAUAUGAACAUCCACAAUUUGGAUACAGGACAACAUCAACCUCACGAUAAGCUGCACUCACAAUCACAGCAGAAUGGCUCAGAUCCAAGCAUGUCCUUCUUAGAUUUAUUAUCAUCCGAUAUGGACUUUGAACAAGCUUAUUCCAUGUAUAAUAAUUUACAAACUAAGAUGGCUCAUGGAACAGUCGAAGAGUUACAAAAGGUACAAAUGUUAAAUCAGCAAUAUCAAACAAAUUUAACCCAACCAACUGAGCCAGUACGUAAUGAAGAUGAAUUUGCCUAUGGACGUGCCCAAAUAUUGAAUGGUAAUGGGAUUAUUUCUAAUUAUAUGAACAAAAAUUACUCAUUUGACAUGGCAAAGGAUAACAAACCAGAAGGAGAAGAUGACUUUGACCAAUUCUUUUCCAAUACUGAAUCCAAUGCAUUGGAGAAAUUUCUUGAUAAUUUAACCAACCCAAAUGCGUCCGGGGACCCCUUGCAAUUUUACAUAAAUAAGAGUCAAAGUGAAGGUCAUAAAAGGUUUAAACAAGAAGAAGACGAAUUCAAUCCCUCAUUUGAAAUGCACACGAUGAAAUUACCCCAGUUAAAUAAGACAUACCAUGAACCCAAUAAAAAUAUAAUAUACCCUGCAGCUCAAUUUCCCCCCACCCAACACUCAUUGCCAACUCCAAAUACUACUCGACAGUCAUCAUCUAAUUCAGCCAACUCUAGUUAUAUAUUGGAUGACUUUAAAAGAAGAGCAAACGAUAUAAAUGGAAUGAUUAUAACCCCACCAACAAGCGGCGAUGAAACAAAAACUCAGGAGGACAAACCACAAGUCAAAAGAAAGAAGAAAAGAGUAACUCAUAAACCUUUAUUAUCAUUAGAACAGAAGAGAUUAAAUCAUUCACAUUCGGAGCAAAAACGGAGGCAAUUAUGUAAAUUGGCUUAUCAGCGUUGUUUAAAACAAAUUAUUGAUUUAGAAGCGUUCAAUAAAUUACCAGCCAUAAGUGAAGAGCAAAGAAAAUCUAAAAAGGCAAGAAUAAGCAAAGACGGAUUACCAAACUUGUCAAAACAUAAUGCGCUAAUUAGAAUAAGCAACGAAAUGAUUUUAAUUAAACGUUUGAACGAAGAAUUGAAAAAAUUGAUUGAUAAGUCAUCUUAGACUGAUAGAAGUUUUUAUGUGUUAUGUUUUUUUUUGGGUUAUUUUGGUUAGUUUUUUAUAGUGUAUUAG